AUGUUCAAUUCAUUUUUGACUCAGAUCGGUCAAAGAUCAAUGAACAGUGUCAUGAACACAUUUCAGCCUGCCGCCCACGGUAUGACGGCUGCGUUAGGCACUGCUAUCAAUCAACCAGCCCAGAGGUAUUUUCAUGCUGCCAUGAAUACACCUUCUCUGAUGGAGAUGAGCCAUCCCUCCAUGAUGCAGUCGGCCUCACAAUUUCAAUUGCAAGCUAAUCCAGUAGUGGCCAAGAAGAUGUCAGCGAGCCAAAGCCGAAUCGAAAAGAGAAAGCAACUUAAGAAACAAGGGCCUAAAAGGCCUUCUUCUGCUUACUUCUUGUUUUCUAUGGCUGUAAGAGAGGAGUUGGUAAGACAAUAUCCCGAUGCCAAAGUACCCGAGCUAUCCAAGUUAGCUUCUGCCAAAUGGAAAGAGAUGUCUGAAGAUGACAAAAAGCCAUUUCAUGAAAAAUUUAAGGUCAAUUGGGAGAAGUACAGAGUUGCCAGGAAAGAAUAUGAAGCUAGUUUGCCCCCCAAAAGGCCCUCUGGUCCAUUUAUCCAAUUUACCCAAGAGGUUCGCCCUAAGAUUAUCAGCGAAAAUCCUGACAAGGAUCUAAUUGAAAUAACCAAAUUGAUUGGUGAGAAGUGGCGCUCGCUGUCCCAAUCGGACAAGCAAGCCUAUACCGAUACUUACAAGAGGAAGCUCAAAGAAUGGGAGGAACACUACCCAGAAGAGCCAAAGGGUCUAGAGACCACUGCCAAAAUCGAAUCUUCAACAUAA